CGUAAUGCAUGUUACUUGUAACGCAUUACUUUACUCGUUACAUCAAAAAAGUAAUCUGAUUAUUUAAUGUAAGUUACUUGUAAUAUUUUACUCGUUACAUCAAAAAAUAAUCUGAUUACAUAAUGCUUGUUUCUUGUAAUGCACCACUGUACUUGUUACAUCAAAAAAGUAAUCUUAUUAUGUAAUGCAUGUUACUUUUAAUGCAUUACUUUACUCGAGUCGUUAGAUCAAAAAAGUAACCUGAUUAUUUAAUGUAUGUUACUUGUAAUACUUUACUCGUUACAUCAAAACAUAAUCUGAUUAUGUAAUGCAUAUUACUUGUAAUGCAUCACUGUACUUGUUACAUCAAAAAAGUAAUCUUAUUAUGUAAUGCAUGUUACUUGUAAUGCAUUACUUUACUCGAGUCGUUAGAUCAAAAAAGUAACCUCAUUAUUUAAUGUAUGUUACUUGCAAUACUUUACUCGUUACAUCAAAAAGUAAUCUGAUUACAUAAUGCUUGUUUCUUGUAAUGCAUUACUUUACUCGAGUUGUUAGAUCAAAAAAGUAACCUGAUUAUUUAAUGUAUGUUACUUGUAAUACUUUACUCAUUACAUCAAAACAUAAUCUGAUUAUGUAAUGCAUAUUACUUGUAAUGCAUCACUGUACUUGUUACAUCAAAAAAGUAAUCUUAUUAUGUAAUGCAUGUUACUUGUAAUGCAUUACUUUACUCGAGUCGUUAGAUCAAAAAAGUAACCUCAUUAUUUUAUGUAUGUUACUUGUAAUACUUUACUCAUUACAUCAAAAUGUAAUCUGAUUAUGUAAUGCACAUUACUUGUAAUGCAAAAAAAGUAACCUGGUUAUUGUAAUGCAUUACUUGUAACAUCGAAAAAAUUAUCUGAUUACAUAAUACAUGCUACUUGCUGUCAAUGUUUUUAUCGUUAAAAAAAAAAACGUUCUGAAAGUGAUUCCAACGAUAUCGCGUCUCUGUGCCGUUAUCGUUAUAAUUGUAUGGACUUUGCUAUUAUUUUAUAUUUAUUUAUCAUAGUUGUCAUCUUUAGUGUGAUCAGGUCUUAAUAGAUAAUAGUUCUAUCAUAUAUUAGUUUUAUUGACAUGCUCAAAGAAUGAUAAAACAAUGUAGGCAUCAAAUUUUCUACAGUUCUAUUUAUUUAUUUAGCUCUAACGUGACACUGACUGGAUUUAAUUGUAGUUGAUUAAUAAUAAAAAAUAAUAAUAUGUAACUUAUCCCUUUCACAAGGGGGGGUUACGGUACCCUUAUGUCACGAAUAAUGUUGGCCACUUUUUACUUGAACCACAAGACAUUUGAGAUUAUCAGGACCCACAAAUAUUCCCCCACUGCAUUAUUAUGCAUUAUAUUCAACAUUAUGUAUAGUAGGUUAAUGUAGUACUGACUCUAAAACUCUGUAAACUUGACACAUUAAUUUUCAAUUAUACACAAUACAGAUUUCCACGAUAUAUGUUGUUGCAUUUUUGUAUUGUGAUAUAUUGAUACACACCCCUACCUUUCAUGCAUAGGGUUACUACAGAGGACAGCUAUUCAAAAAGCCAUUUCUUGCAUAUGCAUGGGUUUUGAAUGCAAAGUUGCACAUCCCCCUCUACAAUGGACACUAGUACAUCAUCCUAUACAUUGCCACCAAGUGACAAGCCGUUGUACUGUAUGUGGGAUUGUUUUUCCUCCAAAUCAAGAUGGGAACAGACAGUUAGAAAUGGCAGAUUACUCUGGAAUAUUCAUUUUUCUAUCCUAGGAAACUCUUGCAGGUAAAAAAAAAAAAAAUGUUACAUCAAGUAUCAUCUAAGGAGUCACAUAAUUGUUACAUUUUCCAAGUAUUAAUUUUAGAUUGGUUGGAAAUUCUGAUCAAAUAUCUAAAUUGGACAUCAUGCAUCACUAGCUAUAUUUCAGCUACAAUUAAUGCUAUUACUGUGACUGUUGUUCUUGAAAAUACUUCAUCUGCAGUCACUUUUUUGUUUACUAAAUGUAUUAAAUAAAUGCAUUUGUGUAAUGCGUUACUUCACUCAUAACAUCAAAAAGUAAUCUGAUUACAUAAUGCAUGUUUCUUGCAUUGCGUUACUUGUUACAUUAAAAAGUAAUCUGAUUACGUAAUGCAUGUUACAUGUAAUGUGUUACUUUACUGGUUACAUCAAAAAAGUAACCUGAUUACAUAAUGUUACUUCUAAUGCUUUACUCGUUACAUCAAAAUGUAAUCUGAUUACGUAAUGCACAUUACUUGUAAUGUUACUUUACUCGUUAAAUCAAAAAAUGAAUCUGUUUAUGUAAUGCAUGUUACUUGUAAUGUGUAACUCCCAACACUGCUCAUUUCAGAUGAGACUGAAAACACCUGAUCGCUAGUUUUUCCACAGACUGAAAACAUCAAUAGAUCAAUGUAGAUUUCAGUCUGAGGUUUUCAUAGAGAGAAGAGCUAUGGUAGAAAUCUGUUCAUUUUGAACAUAAUCAGAAAUAUCAGCCAAUACGGGUAAAUCGAUGUACUCUGUUAGACUGGAUGGAGUGUGAGCGUUUUCUACAUAGUCUGAGUUGUAUCUCCACCAGAUCUUUGAUGGAAUCACAUCCUCAUGUUCUGAUAUCAGACACACAAUGUUCAACUUGUAUGAAGUUCUUCUCCUGCUAAUCGAACAGGAACAAACUCAAUUGCGUUUGCAAUAAUUAAAACUGUAUUAUAUUUUUUUGUAUAUAUUUUAUAGUUUUCACAUGAUUUUUUUAAUAAUUUUAUUCAUUGGUUUGUUAAUUAUACACAGUAUUACUGUUAUUACUGUAUAAUGUUUAAACAACAAAAAAAAGUUCAGAUCUUGUUUUUCAUGCCGUAAGAACAAUAAAAACACAGGGAAAAAUCUUGAUUGAUGUUGUCAUAAUUCAUGCAUGAGAGGGUUAAACACAAGCAUCUAUUUAUUCAUUUAUUGGUCUUGAUUAGGUUUACUUGUAAUUGAUAAAUACACUUUUAGUGUUUAAAAGUUACAAAUUAUUUGAUUACUAUUUAUUUAUUUAUUUAUUUAUUUAUUUGCAGUUUUUCGAUCAGUGGGAUUCUGUGGGUCUUUCUGAUAACACUGUCUCCCGCUCAUUUGGAGAAGUUUUCCAUGUCUUAUCUCGUUGACCGUUAUUCCAGGAGUGGAUUCCAGAGCAAAGGCCUUUUAUGGAGUGGUCAGGGUGUCCAGCUGACCCAUAAUGCACUGCGUCUGCUCUCUAAAUGAGACCCGCUCACAGCAGAGACGGUCUUCUCCUCCGUCCGUGAGCCCAUGGCUUCUCUGAGCACUUCUUCAGCCUCGUCGUUCCAGCGCUCGUCACGGUACAGCACGAGCACCGUCAGGUCCUUCAACACCGACUCCCUCCACCCGAGACUUCACAGUCGGUUUGGAGAAGAAACAUCCAUCAGCUCCAUCACAAACGGGUUCGAACCCGAGUCCUUCAGCCGUUGCCAUGGUGAUGCACAGGAUGAGUCAUCGUGGGGUGACUCCUUUGGAGGGUAUCAAGGUUACCAAGGUGACCGAGAGUCUUUUGGAGGUUACCGUGGGGACCAACAGUACCAGAACACCCAAGGAGGAAACCAGGACAACUGGAUCCUUGGAGAUGACAUACAGUCUGGCGGCUCUGGCGUGGGCGUGGUCCGGGCGAUGGGGAACAGCUACUUCCUGUCUGCAGAUGUCAGCGGGUUCGAGCCUCAUGAAGUGGUUGUGGUGGCGUAUAAUCAGAGUGUGGUUAUUCAUGCGGAGAAGAUCGGAGCAGAUGGGAGUGUUGCGGGCAAGUUUACCCAUAAGUCUGUGCUGCCAGCAGACAUGGACCCUCUGUCUGUGAGCAGUAAGCUGACCGCAGAGAGGAUGUUGAUCAUCAGCAUCGGCCGGAUCCGUGACCCCUGUCUUCAGCUUUGAGCUUUGACCUCUGACCUUCUGUGAUCUCAACACUUCAGAGAAGAGGAACAUCUCUCAGUCUGUUCUACAGACUCAAACUCCCCCAGAGUCAAAACACGAGGUCAGGGAGGAUGUGUGCUAAAGCUCAGUUUAGUACGAUUUAUUAAUAAGUUAAUCACUCUUAGAAGACCGUCAGGUGCUUCAUAUAUAGAAGCUUCCAUCAUGGGAUCAUUUUAUGUAUUGUUUUAAUUUUUUUAUUUUAAUUACAUUUUAUGAAUUAAACAGCUCGUAAACAUACUUUAUCACUAGAAAAAUUGAAGUAACCCAUUAAACAUGAAAGUAUUAUGCAAUCAUGUGAGAUUUCUCUUUAUAUAGAACCUGUUUGGUAUAAAGAGUUCUUUAGAAUUCUAUUUAGAACCUUUUUUCUAAGAGUGACACUCUGAUUUCUACUGUUUACACAAGGAAUGUUUCUAACAGUGUUUUCAGUAAGCAGUGAGAAAUAAAGAUGAUCACAAACAGAAGAUGAUGUUCAUCUGAGGACAACAUAAACACUGCAGUUAUUUGUGACUCUAUUGUGUGUUCACAUAUCACAUGCAUAUUUCUCGAAAAGGCUUUAGUUGACACCAAAAACAUUUGGUUUUCACAUAAUGAACCUGAACUUGAAUUUACAAACUCUUCCAUGAGUGGAUCUUUCUUGAGAGUUUCUUCCCUGAUGUUUUCACAGUUUUGUGUAACAGGUAUAAAAUACAUCUAAACCUUGAGAUACAUGCACUGGAAAAAAUAUUUUUCAAUGAUUAGAGUAUGUUUUACAAGAAAACACCAUUUUGUUUUGUUUUUCUGCUUCAGAAUUUCAUGUUUA